UAGCAUAAUAACACAUGAAAGGAUUUAAGAUCAAAAGGCAUCCCCCACACAACAACACACCCGACGAGCUCUCAAAUAACACACGGCUGAAUGAAAUGUAAUAUUGCAUCUGACCGAAUCGACGAGUUUAGUAAAAGACGGUCUUAUUUACCCCAAGAUUCUACGAUUCGUGUAUUUACUGCAGCUCAGUUAUUAAACAUACCUUUUCCCCUACUUUUCCCUGUAAUUCAGGUUUCUGCUGCUGUUGCUGCUGGGGAAAAUUACUAGCUUAUUAUUUUCACUUGGUCCUUCUCCACAGGAAAGUGCUUGCUGCUCCUUCCUGUUCUUGAAAACAUUUCAUCAAGAAGACGGUUACAAAAUUACAAAAUCUAUUAUUUGUGAGUGCAUCAAGUGCUGCAGCAGUGUUCGAAAUUAUUAAACAAAAAUUCGAUGAAUACUAUUACCUAUUACCAAUGAUUAGCCUAGUGUUCUGAUGGCUGCGGUUGCAGACGAUUUUACAGGAUUUGAUUCUAAAAUACUUGAUACACCAUCGCAAUCAAAUAUUAUUUUGGGAGGUUUUGACGAGGAAAGUAGUGACUCGAAAUACACCAGAAUGGACGACGAGAACAUUCAAGACAAGGAGCGAUUUGCAAGCAGGGAAAAUCACUGCGAAAUUGAGCGGCGUCGUCGCAACAAAAUGACUGCAUACAUAACUGAACUUUCGGAUAUGGUGCCCACGUGCAGUGCACUUGCCAGGAAACCAGACAAACUGACCAUCCUAAGAAUGGCUGUGGCCCAUAUGAAAGCAUUACGUGAUGGGGCAGGUUCGAAUAAUCAAACACCGGAUGGAACAUACAAACCGUCUUUUCUUACGGACCAGGAAUUGAAACAUCUUAUUCUUGAAGCGGCGGAUGGCUUCCUCUUCGUCGUGGGAUGCGACACUGGUCGAAUUAUUUACGUCUCUGACUCUGUAACCCCAGUUCUCAAUCAAUCUCAACCAGAGUGGUAUGGCUCCUGUAUUUUUGAUCACUUACAUCCCGAAGAUGUCAGUAAAGUGAGAGAACAGUUGUCAACCCAAGAACCACAAAAUACUGGACGGAUACUUGACUUGAAGACAGGCACUGUAAAAAAGGAAGGGCACCAAUCUUCCAUGAGAUUGUGCAUGGGCUCCAGGCGUGGGUUUAUCUGUAGGAUGAAGGUUGGAAAUGUACAUCACGAAUCAAUGACUGCAGGGCAUUUAAAUCGUCUCCGACGUCGAAAUACACUUGGGCCGUCCAGAGAUGGACUAAAUUAUGCUGUUAUACACUGCACAGGAUACAUAAAAAACUGGCCCCCUUCUGGCGUCAGCAUGGAAAGGCCAGGCGAAGAACCAGAUGCACAUUCUACAUCUCAUUGUUGUUUAGUUGCAAUUGGUAGGUUACAAGUGACUUCAUCUCCAAAUACUGCAGACAUGUCCGCAUCUCAGUCACCCGCCGAAUUUAUUACAAGACAUUCCAUCGACGGUAAAUUCACCUUUGUCGAUCAACGGGUAAUGGGUCUACUGGGCUACACGCCACAAGAACUUUUGGGAAAAUGCUGCUUUGAUUUUUUUCAUCCUGAGGAUCAAACGCACAUGAAAGAGAGCUUUGAACAAGUAUUGAAGCUGAAAGGACAGGUGAUGUCAGUAAUGUAUCGAUGUCGGGCAAAAAACCGAGAGUGGGUCUGGUUAAGAACAUCUGCUUUCGCCUUCAUUAACCCAUUCUCUGAAGACGUCGAAUACAUCGUAUGCACGAAUACAUCUGCCAAAGCACUUCAACAUUCUCAUGAUGGGACAACUCCUGGGGAUAACAACAAUCCAGGCGACCAUACCGUUACUCCGGCGUUUGCGACACAACCAGGCCUCGACUAUUCGAUGCAAAGAUCACCCCGAGAUGCAUUGUACCCUCCGCCUCACAUGGUUUCAUCCCACAUUCAAAGUACGCGAACUGGAAGUGCGAGCAGUUACAGCUACGAGGGUGGUCAAAGCAGUUCACCCAUAAGCUACAAUUCUCCAGCUCAGCCUGCAUCGUCCAAUGCAACUGGAUCUACGGAUUCAACUCCUGGAGGUGUCUUAAAUCGUGUUACGACUAAGGCAACUACGAGUCCCACGCCUGGACAAGUUGCUUGGAGUCAAACAUCACAACAGCAGCACAUUAGACAAUCUGGGUCAGAAGGAUAUCAGCAACAAUAUAAUCAGUUGAGUCCGAACCGAUCUCCUAGUGGUCCAACAUACACACAGUUGAGUGGGGGAUCUGCACGACCCGCCCCUGGUGUAAAUGUCAAUGCACCAGGUCAGCCCAAUUCUUAUCAUCCACCAACUACUGCUCAAGGAAUGUGGCAAUGGCAAGGCCAAGGGGGACCAACAGAUGGAUCACCUUCAACGACUAAUCAAGGUGUUCCCCAACAGCCUGGACCUGGUGGCCAUUCGCAAGGAACCGGUGAAUUACAGGACAUGUUGCAGAUGCUUGAUCCUCACUCUCACACUGGAGCAGCCCCAUUUGAAGAUCUUAACAUGUUCAACACUAACUUUGAAUGAUUCCUUGUAUAUCAACUGAAAAUUAGUAUCCAUAUCUUUUUUUAAGCAUGCGUAAAUAGAUAAUGAACAAGUGGGUAGCAUAUCACUCAGGAUAUCCUCAGCAAAUGUGCACAUAGAGUAGGACAGAUCGUUUAAAUUUUGCAGCUUUUCAGAAUGAUGGAAUGGAAUGAAGUGAAAUUACAAAAUUAGUUAUUACAAAAUAUACUGUUUCUUAUCUGUAUUUAAUGGCGUUUAAUUAUUUUGUCAGUAUGGUUGACUGUAAAUGUGGAAUGUGUUCCUUUUUGAUGUAAAUUGUAUACAAGAAUUAUACAUGCUUGAAUAUGAGCUGAACUUUUAUUAGGGUAGAUUAGAUUUAACUUCAGUUAGUACAGUGGGUCACACGGCUUUGUUGAAUUAUACAUAUGUACAUAUUUAGGACUUGUUAACAAAUAUUAUACUAUAAUAAUAAUACACGUACAACGUAUCAUAAGUCUUAUUUCUUGAAAACACUGGGUUGGUUGGUAAAAAAAGUAAAAAUGUGAAUACUUUCCCCAGUAUUCUAAGGAAAGUUCUCAUUUCUGACUGAUGCGUUUUUAAUGGAAGAUUAUAAUUUUACUUAACAUUUUGUUUCAAAUUUAAGUUUAAAUCGUGUACCAAUUAUAUAAAUAUGUACCAGUCGUAAGAAUUUAAUGUAUGUAGGUAUACAACCUCUUUUUGCAUAUUCUCGCAUUUAGGUUUUUGAAUAGCAUUAAAUUUUUUGAGUAAACUUGUAUGUAAAAUACACAUAUUAUGUAUACUAAAUUUAGUAUUGUGAAUAAACCAAAGGUCAAUCCUAUAUGUAAAGUU